GAGAGAAAGAGAGCGAGAGAGAGAGAAAGAGAGCGAGAGACGCCAUUAGAGGGGAGGGUGCCCCAUUCCCGUGGUGCACAUUCCUCCUACUCCGGUCGUCUUUCAUUCCACCUCGGAUAGUCGCCGUUCUCCAGUCCGCUCAGCCCCGCAGCCGCAGGAGCGGGAGCACCGCACGGGUCUCCAUCCUCCAGACCCGUCAAUGACCCCGUGACACGCCGCGGAACGUGGAUAGACUAACCCGUGGACGUUAACGCCCAGUUGUUCGAGUUUUUUUUGUCAUUUUCAACGCGGGGACGCUUUCGACGAGGACGUGGGAGCGACCAUGUUGUUCUUACUAGGCAGGUGAUAAGAGGAGACGCCGGCCGCCAUUCACCAGUUUCGAGAAGACCUGACGGGAACGCGGGAGCGCUCGCUCAUCAGGGAUGGACGCACAAGCGCGCCACUGACGGGAAUGAUAUCCUGAGCGUUUUCCUGGCAAGCGUGCGAGAUAGCAAUGACCGGGGGGAUAUAAUAUGGCCAAGAACAAGGAUGCGCGCCCCCCGACAUUCGCCGUCAGCGUGGUUGGCCUCUCCGGAACGGAGAAAGAUAAGGGAAACUGCGGUGUGGGAAAGUCGUGCCUGUGCAACAGAUACGUGCGUCCCGACGCUGACAGCUACUACUCAGAGCACACGUCCGUGCUGAGCACCAUCGACUUUGGGGGGCGCGUGGUUAACAAUGACCACUUUCUCUACUGGGGCGAUGUUUCCCACAGGGGGGAUGAGGGACCCGACUGUAAAAUUCAAGUCAUCGAGCAGACCGAGUUCAUUGACGAUCAGACGUUUCAGGCGCACCGGAGUACUAACAUGCAGCAGUACAGCAAACGGGCGGCGACCACCAAGCUUCAGUCGGCCGAAAAGCUCAUGUACAUCUGCACCGACCAGCUGGGCCUGGAGCAGGACUUUGACCAGAAGCAGAUGCCUGAUGGGAAGCUGAACGUCGACGGCUUUGUGCUGUGCAUUGACGUCAGCAAGGGCUGCAACAGAAAAUUUGACGAUCAAAUGAAAUUUGUCAACGGUCUCUACUCCCAAAUUACCAAAUCCAAGAAACCUGUGGUGGUCGCCGCCACCAAAUGUGAUGAGUUUGUAGAACAGCACCUGAGGGACCUCCAUAAUUUCGUGGCCAGCAAGAAGAACUUGCUCCUUGUGGAGACGUCGGCACGUGCCAACGUCAACGUGGAGCUCUGUUUCAACGCUCUUAUCCAGCAGUUGGACAAAACCAGGGGUAAGCCCAAAACCGUGCCGUACUUGGAAGCCCAAAAAGUCCAGAGGCAACUGGUCGCCUCAGUGACGGACAGAUUUGAGAAACUCAUGAUGACGAUGGUGAGGGAUUACCACACCACGUGGAAAGGGGUAGUCGCUAACAUGAAGGGCAACCCCGACUAUGAGGAGUUCAUCACUUUGGAGGGUUCCAGGAAGGGCAGGAACAUGUUCACCAAGCACAUUGCACAGCUGAAACAGGAGCACAUCAAGAGAAGGCGAGAGGAGUACCUAACCACUCUGCCCAAGACCCUCAACACGCUGCUGAGUCGCUUGGACGAGGUGGAACACCUGACAUGGACUGAAGCGCAAAGCGUCAUCCGCAAGCGCUCGGAUUUCCAGUGCUGGUUCGUGGUGCUGGAGCAGACGCCCUGGGACGAGUCGGACCAUGUAGACAACAGCGACCGGCGGAUACCCUUUGACCUCCUGAACACGCCUGAUGGCGAGAGGAUUUACCACAACCAUGUCCAGCACCUGCUGUCAGAAAAGAGGAGGGUGGACAUGAAGGAGCGGUUCAAAAAGACGCUGGACCGGGUCCACUUUAUCAGCGCAGGGCAGCCUUGGGAGGAAGUCAUGUGCUUAGUUAUGGAGGACGAAGCCUACAAGUUUAUCACAGAAUCAGAUAGGAGGGAUGUUUACUGUCGGCACCAGCAGGAAAUAGUAGAGCGGGCCAAAGAGGACUUUCAGGAAAUGCUUUUUGAGCAUGCUGAGCUCUUCUAUGACUUGGAUUUGAACGCCACGCCCAGCUGUGACAAGAUGAGCGAAAUUCACAGUGUGCUCAAUGAGGAGCCCAGAUACAGAGCGCUGCAGAAACUGGCACCAGACAGACAGUCGCUCCUCCUCAAGCACAUCGGCUUCGUUUACCACCCCACCAAGGAGACGUGCUUGAGCGGCCACAACUGCGUGGACCUGAAAGUGGAGCAGGUCCUGGCUAACCGGCUUGUUCAGCUGGAUCAUGGUCGAUCUGACCUCUACUACAACAGUGCCAACGUGGACAAAAUUAACCUCUGCCUUCUGGGGAGGGAGGGCCUCUCGCAAGAACUAGCCAAUGAAAUUCGAGCCCAGUCCACGGAUGAUGAGUAUGCCCUGGAUGGCAAAAUUUAUGAACUGGAGCUUCUCCCUGUGGACGUUAACUCUACCUUACUCUUCAGCCACACCUGGGUGUCCACCUUCAAGCCACACGGCUGCCUCUGUGUCUUCAAUUCUAUAGAGUCCCUUAACUGCAUCGGGGAUUGCGUGGGCAGGAUCCGAGCAGAGAUGGCCCAGAGCAGGAGAGAAAAGUUUGCACCUCCUCUCCCGUUUAUCCUCAUUUUGGCCAAUCAGAGGGACAGUGUGUGUAAGAAUAUUCCAAUCUUGCGGCAUCAGGGUCAGCAGCUGGCCAACAAGCUUCAGUGUACCUUUGUGGACAUUCCCUCUGGCGCCUUUCCACGCAAGUUCACUGAGUUCCAGAUCAAGCAGGGCCUACGCGCCGUUCUAGAAGGGCUAAAGCAGAAUUGCGAUGUCCUGGCGCCACCGCCAUCUAUCAAAGACAUGUCUGAGGUGGACCUCCGGAUAGUCAUGUGCGCCAUGUGCUGGGACCCUUUUAGCGUGGACCUCAUUCUCUCUCCGUUUCUGGAGUCGCACUCCUGCAGCGCCGGGCAGCCGGGACAGGCGAACGCCCUGGUCCUGGACAAGAUACUCGGUGACCGUAGGAGGAGGAUUCAAGUCACCGUCCUCUCCUACCACUCGGCCAUCGGCGUCCGCAAAGACGAGCUGGUGCACGGCUACAUCCUGGUCUACUCAGCCAAGCGUAAAGCGUCCAUGGCUACGUUGCGUGCCUUCCUGGCGGAGGUCCAGGACGUCAUCCCGGUUCAGAUGGUUGCCAUCACCGACAGCCAGGCGGACUUCUUUGAAAACGAUCCCAUCAAGGAGCUGAUGACUGAAGGCGAGCACAUCGCCACGGAGAUCGCAGCCAAGUUCACAGCGUUAUACUCGCUGUCGCAGUACCACCGGCAGACAGAGGUUUUUACGCCCUUCUUCAAUGAAGUCUUGGAGAAGAAACCAAACAUUGAGAGCUCAUUCUUGUUUGACAGCUCGUCGAGGGAGUGCACCACUGGGUCCGGCGAGGAGGUAUUCCAGACCUCGCCACCGCACAGCCACUCUCCGGCCUACAAUGCGUACUACCCAGAUUCGGACGAUGACAACGAAGCCCCGCCACCAUACAGCCCCAUAGGUGACGACGUACAACUUCUCCCCACGCCCAGCGAGCGCACUAAGUACCGCAUUGACCUGGAGGGCAACGAGUACCCGGUCCACAGCACGCCCGUGGGUGACCACGAACGCAACCACAAAGUGCCUCCUCCCGUUCGACCCAAGCCGGCUCUCUCCAAACCCAACGUGAAAAAAUUGGACCCUAACUUGCUGAAAACCAUAGAAGCCGGAAUGCGAAGCAACCGUCGCACACCGCGUGGGCUCAUCGCGCACUCAAAUGACGCAGAGGCUUCGGAUAACUAUGCAGAUCCUGUAGACACCCUGAGGACCAGGGGCUUCCACGCCGAUGACAUUUACGCCGAGCCUGACGACACACAUAACCGCCUGGUCAAAAUUCGCAAUUCCUUCGGCCUCCACGGGGGAGGAGAGGAUGAGAACGGGUACGAACGCAAGUCUCAGGUCGGACGCCGGCCCUCCAAGUACAAACACCGCUCCAAAAUCCUAUUCAGCAAGACCAAGGCCUACCAAAGACGCUUCCACUCAGACAGCGACGGUGAGGAGACUGGGCCCGCCACACAAAAGAAAAAGAAGGGAAGGGCUCACCGCGGCAGCGAGGAGGACCCACUUCUGUCCCCCGCAGACCCCUGGAAAGGCGGUAUUGACAACCCCGCCAUUACCUCUGAUCCCGAGCAGGAAGACAAGAAGUUGAAAAAGAAGAAGACUACUAAGACGCCAAAGGAACCCAAAAAGGCCAAAUCCUCGAAGCCGCCCAAACCACUAUACCCGCCCACCAGAAGAACGUGGGAGAGCAACUACUUCGGGGUCCCCCUGCACAACCUGGUCAGCCCCGAACACCCAAUCCCGCUCUUUAUCGAGAAGUGCGUCGACUACAUUGAGCGAACAGGUUUGACCACAGAAGGCUUGUACCGGGUCAGUGGCAAUAAAACGGACCAGGAUAAUAUUCAGAAGCAGUUUGACCAAGAUCCCAACAUGGAUUUUGUCGCCCUGGACGUGGCCAUCAAUGCAGCGGCUGGAGCCCUGAAGGCUUUCUUUGCCGACCUGCCUGACCCGCUCAUCCCAUACAGUCUCCAUCCGGAACUUGUAGAGGCUGCAAAAAUUAUGGACUACACGGAGCGUCUGCAGGUCCUCAAAGAAAUCGUCAAGAAAUUUCCUUCCGUCAACUACCAUGUCUUCAAAUACAUCAUCACGCAUCUCAACAGGGUGAGCCACCACAGCAAAAGCACGCUGAUGACAGCCGACAACCUGUCCAUCUGCUUCUGGCCAACGCUGAUGCGUCCCGACUUUGAGAACAAAGACACUCUGUCUACCACCAAACUCAACCAAGCGGUGGUGGAGGCCUUCAUCGUCCAAAGCGACUUCUUCUUCCACGGCGGGGAUGUCUGCGAAGGCGACGGCGCCCCCGGACCACCGCCACCCCCGCUGAACCACUGCCACAACAUGGUGGAGGCCCUGCUGCCCCUGCAGCUGCCGCCACCGCUGCAGCCGCAGCAGAUCCAGCACGCCCUCCCCCCAGAGCCUCUCAUAUGAGCAAAGUCAAGUUAAAUAUGAAAUUUGUUUUGAAAUCUAGUGGGAAAAAAUUGGGUUUGGAAAAAGGGCUCCAGGACAGCAAAAGAUUUCGAAAGACUGACAAGCACAACGAUAUUUAGGUGGAACAUAACUCACAGUGAAGCUUCACAUCAUUCAGUUCCUAUGCUAAACCUACAUAUAAUUCAUAAAAACACAUCAAUUCAUCUUUGGCCUCGUCACUAAGGUACAAAUGUUCUACGCGGAGGAUAAAAGAGUAUAUGAUGGUACUUAUUGUUUUGACCAAUUCCUGCCAUUGACGGCGAGUGUAGUCCAAUCCAUUUCGAUUGGAAGAAGAUAAAAUUAGUCAUUUAAGAAAAACUGCUGCAAAGCGACCCAUA